GAAAGGCACUAAGGGCCAACCAGGAUUCGAAGGACAGAAAGGCAAGCUUGGGCGUCAGGGGCGAGCAGGACCACAGGGACUUAAAGGCUUCAAGGGUGCACCAGGAGUAGCUGGAUUUGCAGGACCUAAGGGAAUGAAGGGUGAAUUUGGAGAGAAUGGCCUCAAUGGACGCCCAGGUCCUGUAGGAGAUGCAGGUCCUCCAGGAAUUCCUGACCCAAGAGACACUAAUGUAUACCGAGGUCCUCCAGGACCCCAGGGCAUCACUGGUUCUCGUGGUCCACCUGGAGAGGAUGGUAAUGAUGGUCGGCCUGGAGGAGUGGGCUUGCGUGGUCCUCCAGGUUUCCCUGGACUUGAUGGAGAAAACGGAAUUCCUGGCUCUCCAGGACGCUCAGAGAAAGGCGAUGCUGGAGAUGAUGGAUACCCUGGCUUUAUUGGCCUGCCUGGACCACAAGGCCGUAGAGGGCCACCAGGCAUUCCAGGUAACAAAGGUCUUCCAGGGGACCCUGCCUAUGGGACUAAGGGUGCAGAUGGUUUCCCUGGCCAGCCUGGUAAAGAUGGUGUCCCAGGACCAAGGGGUUCACCUGGACCUGAAGGUCCCAAGGGAUUCCCUGGUCAAGGAGUGAACAUUGUUGGGCCAAAGGGUCCCAAAGGUCUCCCAGGUCCACCAGGAGAGCCUGGUGUCCCAGGUUUGGAUGGGCGGAAUGGCUUCCCUGGCCGGAAGGGUACACAAGGAGACAUCUGUAUUCCAUUUGAG